UGGAUUUUGAAGAAGCUCGCAGCUUCAGUGCGGUUCGAACCGCGACAACCGCAGGAUCUUUCGGAAUUUUCUACUCACCUUUUGAAAACGCGUCGUCGAGUUUUCUCGGGAGUGUUUUUUCUUUUCGUUUAAUCAGGUACCCCCGGAACGUGCGCGUUAUCGUAAAAAGUCCAGUGUUAAUUUUGGAUUAAACGGCAGUUAAUUUAAAAAGUACACGAUCGUUGGACGAGGCGGCCAUCGAGACGUGAUAAACAAGUGAACAUCUAUGGUGUGUGGAAAAUUGGAGAAAAUCGAGAAACGUUGGGAAUCGUCGCGUUUUCAGUUUCUCGCUUUUACAUCAGCGUCGUGAACGGAGUACGUUUGGAAUUUGGGGUUGAUUUCGGUGGUCGAAAAAUAUUCGUAGAAGAAGAAGAAAGAAGAAAGAAGAAAGAAAAAAAAAAAACAAAAAACAAAGGAAGGAAGGAGGAUGUCGGAUCUGCGUGAGAAGUGAAUUUGGACGAUGUGAACGGGGGGGAGGAGGAGAAUGAUAUAAAAUCGAAGUCGCGUCGGCAGGUAAUAUUAUUUUCCAAUCGUAGUGCAUCGUUCGGCUGACGGAGUCCCCGGCCGAAGGUCCGAAUAUUUUUCGAGCGGUGGCGGCCACGCGGUGCGUUGCGUAUUUCGCCGUGAGAACGUCGGCGUUCUAACGUCGCGUGGUGUCGUACCACCGUCGUCGAGUCCUCGCGAAGCCGGGGGGGGGGGGAGAGCGCGAACCAUCGCCCCCGGAGUAUCAUGUCAACCGUCGGAAGCUAAGGGAUCGAGGAUAACGAAUUCUCUAAGCAGCAAUCUGACUACCAAGCUGCGGAAAGCCACACCCCUCACGCUAAGAUGACAUAGGAUGGUCUGGGUGGCGCUCGGGCGGCGUGCUGCAGGGGGUGGUAGCCGCCCCCCUGUUUCCCCCCUCCUGUCACUCUCCAUCGCCUCCCUAGCCGGCUCCUUCACCCUAGCCAUUAUCUGCAUCCUUGCCCUCACCCUAACCUUGACGACCCUGGCGCACGCCGAGGACAUUUUCGAGGAGGGAAAAUCGGACAAGGAAAUACUGGACAACCUACUGCUGUCGACGAGAUACGACAAGCGGUUGCUGCCUCCGGUUCAAGGUACUCUGCGGCCCCCGCCCCACACCCGCCAAGAUGACUUCUUCACCCCCGAUCAUCACCUCGAAUCACCCAACCACGAUCCUGACGAAAAUAAUCAGCACCUCAAACACAACAGGCACCACCACAACUAUCAUCAUCACCAUCACCACCAAAAAUCAUCAUCACACAAUCACAGCACCACACUUCUUACUCCCCGUCGAAAGGAUGCGGACUUUUGCUGUGGGAUGAGACAGCCAAGCGACGUGGAAUCGUUGACGAAUCAAUCGGCGAGUCCCCGCAACCCAAACCAGAACAAGAACUUGAAUAACAUCUACAUGCCGCACGAAAACCUCCGCACCCAUCUUCGCGGCACCUUGACCGUCAACGUAAGCGUACUCCUACUGAGUCUGGCAUCGCCCGACGAAUCCAGCCUGAAGUACGAGGUGGAGUUUCUCUUGCAACAGCAGUGGUACGAUCCGAGAUUACGGUACAGCAAUCGUUCCAGCUAUGAAUUCCUGAACGCCAUUCAUCACCACAACGAUAUAUGGCUGCCGGAUACCUACUUCAUUAUGCACGGAGAUUUCAAGGACCCUCUGAUACCCGUACACUUCGCCCUCCGGAUAUACAGGAACGGGACGGUCAAUUAUUUGAUGCGGCGCCACCUCAUACUCUCCUGUCAGGGGAGGCUCAACAUAUUCCCUUUCGACGAUCCGAUGUGUUCGUUUGCCAUCGAGAGCAUAUCUUACGAGCAGACGGCCAUCACUUACGUUUGGAAAAACGACGAGGGAACGCUGCGGAAAAGUCCGAGCCUGACCACCUUGAACGCAUAUCUUAUUCAGAACCGUACCAUACCGUGCCCCAUCAAAGCCAGCUGGAGGGCUGACGGACAGCUGAUGCUCGACUACAAGGAUGAGUUCGAUGAAUUCGGGGACUCUAAGUGCUCGCUGUGCCAGCGCAGGUUUGAGGAACAAGGUAAUUACAGUUGUUUGAAAGUCGAUCUGAUUUUCACACGGGAUCGAGCCUUCUACUUUACCACAGUCUUUAUACCCGGUAUAAUCCUGGUAACAAGCUCUUUCAUCACAUUCUGGCUAGAGUGGAACGCUGUUCCGGCGCGCGUCAUGAUUGGGGUGACAACGAUGCUCAAUUUUUUCACAACUUCAAAUGGCUUCCGGUCAACACUUCCGGUAGUCUCGAAUCUCACCGCUAUGAACGUAUGGGACGGCGUCUGCAUGUGUUUCAUUUACGCGAGUCUACUGGAAUUCGUGUGCGUCAAUUACGUGGGAAGGAAACGACCACUUCACAACGUGGUCUAUCGUCCUGGCGAAAAUCCGGUUACCCAGCGGCUCCCGGCGGUGCUCAGCAGGAUAGGCAUUAUAUUGGCCAGCCCCCUGGGCGACAAGAAACGGGAGGGCGGCGGUUCAACCGUUCCCGGGGGAGGCGGUGGCGGAGCUCCGAACGAGAUAGUAACCUGCACGAAUUGCGGACCCAAUCCCUGCACCCAUACGGCAACGAACGGAUGCGCCGCUGAGUGCUGCUUUGUUCAGGUCCGGAAGAAGGAGCCGCCCCAUCCCAUAAGAGUAGCGAAGACCAUCGACGUCAUAGCGAGGAUCACCUUCCCGACGGCGUACGCGGUGUUCCUAGUCUUCUUUUUCAUACACUACAAAGGGUUCUCCUAAGGAAACGUGUAUUGGAUAAUUAGAGAAGUUUUGUCGUUCAACGAUUAUACGCCCUGCAACGCUGCUCCCUCGCCCGUGCUACGGGCUACGCGGACGGAAGUUUCGCCGAUUUUGAUUCGAUUUUGAUCCGAUGACGACCGAUAAAUAAAGGUCGAACGAGUGAAUCUGGACACUGUUGUCGUCGAGGACCGUUGGGAGAGAUUGUUAAUCGCACUAAUUUGCCGUCGCGGGGAUAUAUAUAUAUAUAUAUAUAUAUAUAUAUAUAUACAUAUAUAUAUAUUUAUAGGAUGAACAAAUUAUAAUUCUCACAUAGCAAUAAGGAUUAUAUUAUUACGCGUGCGUAUACAUAACGAUGAAGAGAGAGGAAAAUUUUAGGGAGGAGAAUUUAUACUUUAGAGUACACGAAAAUUAGGGAAAGGUCGAAGGAUUGAUUGAGCCAAUUGAACGGAUCGGUGGCAAGUUAUAAUAUAAAUUCGGAAAGCAAUCGCAAUGCUUUUUUACAACUUGAAAAAUUGAAAAUUAUUAUUUUAAUCACGUUAUAUUCGACCAAUUCCAACGCUUUUUUGCGUUAAAUAAAAUACAUUUAAAAAAAAAAACAAAAAAACACGCAAUCGAGAGAUAAAAGUAAAAGAAGAAAACAAUUUGUGCGAGGAAACCGAUUUUCGAAUAAAGUGUGAAAGAGAAAGGUAGAUUAUUAAUGAAAUGCGAACUUUGGAUAUUAUUAUAUACUACUAUUAUAGUAAAUAUAUACAUAAAUAUAUUUAAAUAUUUAUCAUUUUCGCGCACCCCUUGCAGCCUUAAAUAAUAAAAUCGCUAAAUUAAUCAAUUAAUUAACGAAUUCAAUUAUUAUGAAGAGAAAAAAAAAAAGGAAAAAAAAAAAAAAACUUAUUAUAAUAGAAAAAUAAAAUUUUAAAUCAUGUAAGUUUAUUGAAAGUAUAUGAUACAUGUGGUGCUUCGGGACGCUACGACCUUACAUAAUUAUAAAUAUGUUAUAAUUAUGUAACAACUAUAUGAUACCUAAACGAAAUUUUUUCUCUAGUUCGUAAUCGGUUAUUAAUAAUAAUAAUAAUAAUAAUAAUAAUGAUAACAAUAAUAUAUCAUAAUUACUACCUAUUACCCACUAAGGAUCCGAGCUACAUACUACUAUUUGUACUCCAUUAUUACAUACAUAUUAUACAUAUUUAUAAUCAGCAAUAUUAUAUACAGACCAAUCUCAUCUGCAUAAAUUUUUUCAUUAUAGAUAUAUACUUAUACGAAUAAGGGUAGUGUUUUAAUAAUUGAUUUAUUUAUUUAUUUUUUUUUUUCGUUCCUUUUUAACAUUGUUCUUGUUAUUGUCAUCAUUCCUAUCACAGUAGAAUUUUGAGACUUGGACCGUAGACGAGUAAUCCAUGAUUAAAUAGACGCAUUGUUAUUCAUAUUAAUGAUAUAUAUACACGAUAUCCGAGAAGACGUGUGUUAUUAUUUUUAAUCGGAAAAUUUACUGCCAAGUAAAAAAAAAAAAAAACAACAAAAAAAAAAACAAGAAAACAAAAAGAAGCGAAGCAAAUGCACGUGUACGUACAUGUAUAUACAUAUAUAGAGGUAUUAAUACAUUACAAAAUCAAUAAGAUCGCGAUCUCCGAGAGCAUGAGAUUUAUUAUUUACGUGAUGCAGAAUGAGAUCGCUUUUACAUGGUACGGGUAAUCAUGUUUACCCCGUUAAUCGAUCGAUCGACGUUACAGAAAGAAAAUAAAGACAGAAAGAAAAUUUAGAAGUCGCUUAGAAACUCGAACAAUAUUCGAAUAAUGUAGAUAUUAUUAUAUCACGCAGAGAGAGAGAGAGAGAGAGAGAGCAAAAGAAAAUCGUAUUAGAAGCUGCACGAGUAAUUCGCGGAUAGUAAAAGUAUUAGAUAUAACGAAUGCAUACAAUAUAUAUUCGAAAAAUCGCAUUGCAUAAAUUCAAAAUGGGGGAAUAAAGGGAGAACUUUUUGCACAAUAUAGUAUUUUAUUUAAUUCGUUUUCAAUUUUAUUCCCAUUUCGUUACUUCCGCAGACGUCGUUUGAAAAGGAAUGUCAAAAAAACGGAAAAAAGCGAAGGGGGAAAGGUGGGUUUUUUUAUUCCACAAACCCGUAGGUGAUUCUCACGCAUAAAUUGUAACGAUAACGUUGAAAAAAAGAAAGAAAAAAUAAUAAUAAUGAUAAUUAUAACGAUGAUAAUGACGUAUAAUGCGAAUUAAACCUUAGAUUAUAUAACAUAAUGUCACAGAUAUUAUAAUAUUCGCAAAAAUGACACAACGAAUAAGUAUUUGUAAGAAUAAAACAAAGAUAAAAAAAAAAAAGAAAAAGAAAGAAAACCGUUAAAAUUAAAAACUAAAAAUUAAGAUUUAAAAAACUAAUUAAGAUAAAAACAACAUACAGUUAACGUUCGUCCGAUUUAUUAAGAAGAGAAUUUGAAAUGAGAAGAAAAA